UGCCCAGGGCCAUCCUGUGUGACAGCACAGACACGGUGAGAGUGCCUCAGACCCCCAAAGGAACCCAUCAGGCCUGGGAGCAGGAUGGGCCCUGCAAGCUUGACAUAAACUGGAGCCAAGGCAGCUCUCUUUGGCAGCCUGGCUGCUCCCCAGAGAACGGUCCCGCCUGCACCUGCCCCUUGGCCCUCACAGCCCUCCCGCCAUGGACCCCAACAGAGCAGCAGGUGCUGGUGCCAACUGCUGUGGGGAGGCAGCUGCCCCUGGGACGGAGCCAGCCAUGCAGGGUGCUGGUGCCUAAGCACUCAAGGCUGGGGCAGCCACAUGUUUCCUGCUCCAGUGGUGAAUCAUGGGGCGGUGCCCCAUGGCACAUAUUGUAUGGGGUUUUUUUGACAUGCCAGUGGGGCCAGGGUUACUGAUUGCUGAAUACAUCAGCUCCGUAGAGUAAUAAGGAAAUAGUGGCCUGAUAUCUGUUCUGUGGAAACGAGAGGAGGUGAUAACAGCCACCAGAGCACACGUCCUGGUCAGCUGCCCAGGAGCCACUUCUGGAACUGACAGAGGGGCAAGCUGCACAGUGACUCAUGUCAUCCCCUCCAGCUCUGCUCACCUGUCCUCCUGCAGACUUGGGAUCCACGGGUCAACCCUGCCUCACUAGAGACAGUAAAAGUGAGCUAGCUCUAGAUUACACACUGCCAGACCUGACAGGUUCUGUAGGCAUCUCACAGUCUCCCCUUACCUUGCCCAAUACAAAAUCUGGGUACCAGUAGUCCAUUAGAGGGGAGGUAUCUAUAUGAGAAAGACAGCAGUGUAUGAAAAGGUCUCUGACACUUCAGCUGAGUGUCCAUGCUACAUCUUUUCAUUUCAAAGAAAGCAAUCUCAGAACAAAAAGAGAGGGAAGCUGGGACUAUGGGUGAGUAGUACACAGCAUUAGAGAUUUCAUGCCAUUAGACCUCUCAAUAGAGCCAAAUAACCAGAGCUGCCUAAAAUUAAACACUGACAAAUAAUAAGUAGAAUGGUGUGUGAAGGGUCUAUUGGGCCAGGAGACCUUCACAGCGUGAUGUUUCUGCAUUGUUACACCACCUUGCACCUACUACAGCUGUCAAGUUUCAUCUGUUUCCUUGAACUCUUCAUGCAUCUUAGGUUCUGUGGCCUUAAUCCCCAUUACUAAUGAACAGAUCCUGCUUUUAGAGAAAGCUGCCCAUUUGAGAUCACUCUCCCUUCAGGAAUCCCACUUUUUUUCAGAGUCCCCUCAGAGAUGUCUGUUAACCUGCAAAUAUUUUGCAAUAAUUAACAUGAUUUUAUUUCCUCUUGACCCAGUAGCAUUUGGCCUGGGAUGCUGAGGGAGCCAUACCUCACAACAUUCAGUAUAUUUAGAUUUCUUAAGGCCACAUCCUCUUUUGCCAUAUUUUGCAAACAUAACACUGCCUUUUGACUACGCCUAAGUUUUCCUUGAUGCAAUAGCAAACUAGCAUUAAACCACAAAUGUGCUGGUAUCAUUUUUCAGGUAUUAUACUCACAGAUGCUUUGCGUAACAGUGUGGGUGUAGCCUAGAGCACCCUGCCAGCCACACAAACUAGCCUAAGCUGGUGUUUGGAGCUGCUUUGUGCCGAAGAAAGCCCCUUCAGCAAUGAGACCAAGCAAGAAGUCAAGAUACUGCCCUGAAGCUGCGCUUUGUAGAUGCUCAGACAAGGUCUGCAGGGCUUUAGUAGAACUCCCUGAGAGCCCUUAUGCCUGAUUCUGGGAAAGUAACAGCAGAUUGGUGAGGAGGAUUGUAGACACGCUCAAGUGACUUGCUGAGGUGAGGUGUAGAAAAACACGUGUAUUGGACUAGUUGUUGUUUAGCCUGGUGUGUUUGAUGAGUAGUACGUCUGUGUUUAGAUAACACAGGCCUGUGAUAGACUGAGAAGCACCCCACUGAACAUGACUGAGAUUCCUGCUCUGCUGUGUUAAGAUCAAAUCUCAGUGGUAAGCUAAGCCUGCAAUGAGCCCUGAUAUAUAGGUGAAAAGAUCUGGUUUGGUGAUCCUUGAGCAAGGACCAGGCUCCACAGUGCUGGCAUCCCUAUUCGUGUGCCUCUGCCUUUGGGUACUGCUUUGAGGAUCCUCUGGUUGGUGAGCUUUAGUGGUGUCAGCUAAAAAGCAACUGAACUCCCUCUGCUUUGAAAGGCAGAUGUCUUUCCGUGAAAACCUCCAGCCCUGCAGAACUUAUGUCCUUUCCAAAGACGCCUUGUGCAGUGGUUGUCACUGUGUCACUGGUAUUGUGACAGCUUUCUAAAACCCUGUGCCUGCAGAGAAAUUCACAGGAGCCUGAUGCACCACAUCCUGCCUUCUUUGUGAUCCUGUGAUGCUGAACUUCCUCUGUCUCUGCAGAUCCUUCGCAACCAUGGUGAAGUCUAGAAGAGUGCACCUGCUCCUGAUCCUGGUAGUUCUGUCCUUCCUCCUCAUCCACUUCCUGCCCUGCAACAACAAUGCCCCCUUGGAAGAAAAACCUUCUCCAGUCCACAUCCUCAUUCUCUCCUCCUGGCGAUCAGGAUCUUCCUUCACUGGACAAAUCUUCAGCCAGCACCCCAGCGUUUUCUACCUGAUGGAGCCCGCAUGGCAUGUCUGGGUUAGGAUGUACCAGAACAGUGCCAAAGUCUUACACAUGGCAGUGCGGGACUUAGUCCGGUCGGUCUUUCUGUGUGACAUGUCUGUGUUUGAUGCUUACAUGUCUAGCCAGAAGAAAAAGUCCGAUUUAUUUCAAUGGGAGACAAGCCGAGCCUUGUGCUCCCCACCUGCCUGUGACUUGUUCAAUCGCACUGACAUAAUCACUGCAGGCAAUUGCAAAAAGAUCUGUAGCAAGUACCCAUUCAGCAAGGUGGAGGAAGCUUGUAGAACCUACAGCCAUAUUGCCGUCAAGGAGGUCCGGUUCUUUGACCUGAAAGUCCUUUACCCACUUCUCACUGAUCCAUCCCUGAACCUCAAAAUUAUUCACUUGGUCCGUGAUCCCCGGGCUGUGUUCAGGUCCCGCGAGAAAACAGUGUCCGACCUGAAACGUGACAGUAACAUUAUUAUGGGGUCUCGUAGGGCAAAGGGUGAAACGGUGCCCUACAACAUAAUGCAAGUAAUUUGCAAAAGUCAUGUUAAGAUUUAUAAGGCAGGAACUCAGGCCACUCCCAGCUUCCUGAAAGACCGAUACUUGCUGGUUCGCUACGAAGACAUUGUCAGAGACCCGCUGGCAAGGGCUGCGCAGAUGUACAGGUUUGCAGAACUCCAUUUCACACCAGAACUUCAGAAGUGGGUGCACAACAUCACUCAUGGGAAGGGUCUCGGAGCACAGGCCUUUGAAAUUGGGUCCAGAGAUGCACAGAGAGUAUCCCAGGCCUGGAGGGAGACACUUCCCUUCCAGAAAAUUGAAAAAGUGCAAAAUGUGUGCAAGGAUGCGAUGGACUUGCUGGGCUACCGGCUCGUCCAGUCUGAAGAAGAGCAAAAAAAUAUGUCACUGGAUCUUUUGUUCGCCCAGAACUCCUCUGAGUACCAAAGCCUGAAGGCAGAAAAGCUGGAGUCUGUACCUACUCUCUGAAGCCUGCAGAGUGCAGAACUGUUCACUAGAACAAAAGAGGACAGAGGUGCAGGCAUAGAAGUGUAAGGGCGUGUGCAUGGAUGCAAGGACAACUAACAUAGGAAUCCUGACUGCGUUCACAAGAGCUCUCAGAAGCACAGGGUCACUCUCUAAGGCCCCUGGAGAUUCAGCCACAAUGAAGGCUGAAGUAACGCAAGUUUGUUCUCCAAAUUAUGUUUAGAUUGGAGCAUAUGAAAUAGCAAAGCAGUGGGACCAGAUAGCAGAACCCAACCCC